GCCUGACCCUCGUCGUGUAAAGACACUCAUUUUUAAGAUCUUAAGCAUAUUCGUUUUGUUGAAUUUUAUAUUGUCGUUCAUAUUUUACUCGAGUUUUAAUUAACUCGGUCAAUAACAGAAGAUCAACAACUGAUAAUUAAGGCAUAAAAUCAACGUAAGUUCGAAGCACGCAGACAUCUUGAAUAUUUGUCACAUUUUAGUUCAGCUAAAGACGUCCCACUAACCCAACAAAAUGCCUAUCGAGCUGGAUUACAGUGACAAAAAUUGUGAAAAUAUGAGGUUGGAGUCAACAUCCUCACGAGAAGAGAGCAUUUCUCUAAAUAUUGACUCAAAAAAUGUACGUGUAAGCAUUGACAACACCAUGUCCCAAGUUUUCAUGAAUCCGUUGAUUCUUGACGCAAUCUUCGCCAAGCUCGACCUCCCCGAUUUGAAAACGUCUCGUCUCGUCUGCCACGACUGGAACGACGUUGCGUCUACCUUAUUAGGAAAACGGGCUUAUCUCCACGUCAACAAGCUUUUUUCCUACGAUGCCCCCAACUUAGGUGAGAUGUCCCCUGUCAACGACCAACUGAUGCGACGCCUCCUCAUCUCCGGCCUAUUCUACAAGGAAAAACCUGACUUUAUUGUACAAGCUCUCACUCAAGUGACUCAAUUAACUGGCGAAAUCAAAUUUUUUGCCUCCCGGAAGGAAUUGGUCCCUCUUCUCCUCGACAGAAUAAGAGGGUUGGGAUCCACAAAAAUCCAAAAGAUUGACCUCACCAGCCACUGGCAACCGAAUACUAAGUAUACACUUCCGGUCCAGGCGUGUCAAAAACUCCCCCCGCAACCUAACUUGAAAUUGCUCAGGUUCAAUAUUCUUUCCCAGUUUAGACAUGAUCAAAAAACUGGAUGUCACGAAUUUCAACCCCUGAUCCAAAUCUGGCUCGAUGCUGCCCCCAACUUGACCACGCUGGACGUCGAGGCAUCCCUCUAUCCAGAUUUGGAGGGGUGUAGAAAUCUUAAAGUUCUGAAAUUUGAGUUUGUAACGCGCUACGACUAUUUUCCGAACUUCGAUGUGACCAAGGUGACGAAGAUGCUGGGACAGGUGAAGGAUUCCUUGAUCGAGCUGGAGUUGUGUCAGCCGAUGGGGAAUGGGCCCAUGGAGAAGGUCCAGCCUAUCCACGGCGGUCCCGUCAUGUCAAAACUUACCAGGCUCUCCAUCCAUGCAACAAAUGUGUUCCGAAUUCAUGACUUCUUUGAUGAAACCCACUUCCCAAAAUUAAAAACCUUCCGUGUCGACAACGGAUUUUGGAAGUCGUCUGUUCUAUCCCAUCUAAAUCUAUGGAGGCGACACAGAGGAGUUGCCUCUCUCUCGGUGACCAUGAACCACUGGGGUUUGGAGGAGGAAGAAUUCUGGAAACAAAUGAUCCAUAUAUUUCCAACCGUUAAGCAAUUCGAAUUGAAGAUGCACAACAUAGAUUGCAUUCCCCUCAAGAGGAGUAUGGAAUCGUUCAAAAUGUGGGAUUUGGAAGGGGUCAACGUUGAAGUGAACUGGGUGAAAAAAUCCUACGUGUUGAUUGAAGUCCUUAAAUCCGUGUCCGUUAUGAAGGAUUCGCCAACAUUUCAGGGUUAUGUACGGAGGAAUAAUGAAUCUCAAUAUUCCUAAAUUUCGUAUUAAUUUCACGAGUUAAAAGUGUCCUUUUCUCGUACAUUAAAGUUAAGGAAGAACGCUUUUCUCCCCACAUUCAAGAUCUCAUCUUGUCCAGUAGAGGAUUUAAAAGCGUAGAAAUCGCAGGACAUGUGGAACCAAAAAUCGUGGGACGAAUUAGACCCAUUUUUGAAGCAAGUGGUGCACCCAUUCAUUUUUCGGGAGGCGUUAUUCACAAGGAAAUCAGAGGGGUUGUCUACCUGGAUUAAUUUAAAUAUGACCUGCUAUUCGGAAUGAAUCAAUAACAAAUUUAGGUUUUUUUUUUAAAUAUUAGACAGAUUUUUUGUAAGUUUUAAAAGCUGAAUUACUUAAAUGGAU